UGAUGAUGCAGGUCGAUAACACUCACUUAACAGCUCAGAGCUGCGUCUGAAACCACUGCGACCGCCUUUUCGUCUGCCCAACUCCACUUCUCUCUCUUUACUUUCCACCUCCACUCUUCGUCGUCGUAUAAUCGAAUACACUCGCUCUCCUAUCAAUUGAUUCGUAUUCCUCAAUCAUUACAGUACUUGUUGUUCAUACCUGUCGUGUUCCGCCAAUCGACGAAAUUUGGUGGCGCAACACCAGCCACCUCUCCAAGAAAGUUGAUCUGUGCACUCAGAAGAGCUCAGAGCACCCGUCCAGAGUCCGCGUCAACACCACUGGAACUUCCAGGUUAUCUUUGAAGCCACGAUACCAACCACCACAAUAAUUUCCCUCCCAGCCCUUCACCACGGCGGAAUCAGCCUCUCCUCGAAGUCACCGCAGGUCUUUUAAUCCUCCUGCGCGCUCGACUAGCCACCAAGCCCAUUUCCCCUCCCUCAAGAUGUUCUUCAAACGACGCUCACGCUCCAACUCGAAUACUUAUCUCGACGAGUCGUCUCCGCGUGAUCGCUCCCAGUCCUACGAUCAGCAAUACCACAACGACAAGUACGAUCGUCCAGACUCCUCGAAGCACAACGCCCAAGACUUUGACGACGCCAGCGAGGACGCCGAGAAAGAGAUGUACGCUCGUCAACACGGCCCUCAGGACGCGUAUGGCUCCCCUCGAGGACCACACCCUAGCAUCAACGGCGCAGCUCAUAAUGCAUUGCCAAUGCACAACUUAACCUCAGCGCCCGCUCCAUUGAACCCCGCCAAUGCGCUGAAGGUGGAGACGGCCCCUGACCUCCUAACAAGAGCUUUCAAUGAGGCACUCCGUCCUCAAUUGGAUAAGAUCCAGCAAUUGGAGACUCAGGUCGCCGAUAUGCAGCAAUGGAUAGCCGAUCUAGAAGCGCAGAGACAGGAAAUGCACGAGUGGAUCGACAAGAGAGGCCUACGACCAGAUGUUCCUCUCUCGAUUGCUAAGAGUAUGGACACAUCCUCAUCUGCAUCCGCACAGGCACUGUCAACACAGCUUGAUCGCAAGAUCACAAUAGUCAACUUCGACCUCCAUCGCCUUCAAGAUGACCUGAACUCGUCACUCAGCACUUCCCACUUCGCCGCAGCCAUGUUGAAAUUCAUUCCCGAUAUCGCUCGUCUCUCCUCUCUUCCGACUGGUCCUCGUCUAGGAUUCGAUCUCCUUCUCAAACUUGGCGGCAAUCUGAAUGCGCAUGGUGGUCUAGACUCGGGCGACCCGGAUGACACUCGUGCUCGCAAAGACUUCUAUGCACGUCUUGAUGCCGCAAUGGUAGAUAUCGUUCGAGGUAGAUUCAACGAGAACGAAGAUUGGCCUGUCAGCAGGGAGAUUAAGCGAAUCGAAAAGACUGCACAAUACCUGAAAGCGUUCGGUAUCGAGCCUUACUUUCCAGAGACACUCGAGUUAAUGCGGCACGAAGAGAGUUUCAACUCCCCCGGACCAGCAAGAGGAAGCACAGGUAAUCUAGCUCCACAGUCGCCCAUAGCGAAUGGCACAACAUCGCCACGAUACCAUUAACCUGCGAACCUUUAAGGGCUUUCAACGAGUCUCUUGCUCUGCUUGUGUACCAUCUCAAUACUAACGACGUUACGAAAGAUUUCUUUAUGGGACUCUGGCUUCUGUAUUCAUGUAUGGUCUUGGGUAUGUCAACAGCACGUUGUCCUAUUUUUCACCGCUAGGAGUGACGAUGGUCGUGCAAUCUCCUGCUUCUCGCAAGGCCGUGAUCCAGGCUUGACGGUCGUAUACCGUCUGUUAUAAUAGUCAUGUAGCCUCGAUAGGAUCUGAUAUCCUACUAUAUGACCAGUAAUGAAGAAAACGUACCUCUAAAUUGGGUCCCGCAUCGAAAUAGAUACUUCAAGU